CCAUAUUGAUUUCAAAAGUGAUUACUUUUUGUGCUGCAAUAAACUCCAUCACUAAAUUACGACACGUUUUCGUUUUGUUUACAAAUUUGCAAGUAAGUAAAAUCUAUUACAUUUACCAUAUGAUUAGAACGACGGUAUUAAAAGGAAUAAAGAAAAAUAUAAAUAGACCGGCAUUGUGUGGCUGUUUAGUCAUAUGUUGUUAUUAAUAAUAAUAUUUUUAUUUAUUUUUGCCAAUUUUGCUUAGUAAUUUGACGUAACAUAUUAUAUAUGUCAAAUACAUAUCUAAAGCCAUACGAAAAAUUUUAUAAAAAUGUUGCGCUGAAUAUCGUAAAAGCGCUGAAGUGUAUAUGAAAACUUGAUAGAGCGGUGUAUAAACAAAUAUUUAUAUUUUUAUAUUAAUAAAAUAAAAUUUUGGUCAUAAAAUGAGUUUGGCUAACCGUCCCAAAAGUAUUAUUCAAAAUCAAUUAUUUCGAAGGCAACGUAGUCUUAAAUUAAAUGCUUUACAGAAACAAGGAACUUUCGACGAGGAUGAGACCGCUAAGACAUAUGCAGUUAUCGUAUUUUCUGAAAAAUCCAAGAUACAGCAAUGUGAAGAUGUGGCAAAAAUUAUCGAAGAAUUUGGUGUAUUAACAAAACUUGAGGUGAUUAGUAAAACGGAGAAGUAUCUCUAUCUUUGGGCAACAACCGACACAUUACUACGUUUUGCUGAUGAGGCUGAACUAACUAAAUUAACCAAUACCGGUACAAUGCAGAAAUUCAACUGCGAUAGUGUGUCUGAUUAUUUAUUGCCAGGAAUGAGUAUCGAUGAUAUUGUGCGUUUUUGUGAAGGACCCGUACUAAUAAAGAAUAUGAUAAAACCUUCAAUAAUGUCGUACAUACGAAACGGUACUGUUGAAGAUUUAUUUCCUCUGCAUGACAUCGAAUAUUUAGAAAAAUUUUCUUUCAAAUAUGAUCGCCAUAGUUUGCCAAUUGAAGACAUCCGCAAUUAUUUUGGUUCAAGCAUUGCUCUUUACUUUGCCUUUAUUGAAUUCUAUACUAAAGCUUUAGUAUUUCCUGCAAUAUUCGGCUUGUUGCAAUAUGUAUGGAGUUUGAAUUUGCCAGUUGUUUGUGGAUUCUAUGUUCUAUGGACAACGAUAUUUCUUGAAUUGUGGAAACGUAAAUGUGCUGGAUAUUCUUAUCGUUGGGGUAAUAUUGAAAUGAGUAGCUUGGAUAAGCCUCGAACAGCAUAUCGUGGAGAACUUAAAACCGAUCCAAUAACAGGCAAAAUGAUCCUACAGUACCCUAUACGUUAUACUUAUCUUCAAAUGUAUUGUAUAUCAUAUCCAGUGGUACUUCUUUGCGUUAUUGCCGCAGCUUAUUUUGCAUUGUAUCAGUUUCAGAUUGAGGCUGAAGUUUUAGCAGAUUUUGGUCCGGAGUCAUGGUUAUUGUAUAUACCUGUAAUUGUACAAUCCGUGUUAAUUGCAAUAUUUUCUUGGGCUUAUGAAAAGUUAGCUACCUUCUUGACUGAGGUGGAAAAUCAUCGCACACGUUCACAAUACGAUCGUCAUCGUGUUAAUAAACUUAUGAUUUUUGAAAUUGUAAAUAAUUUCUUUUCCUUAUUUUAUAUUGCAUUUGUUUUGCAAGAUCUAAAUCAAUUAAAAUAUCAACUGAUGAUGCAGUUACUUAUAUUUCAAAUUGUUUGUAUCGCACAAGAAGUUGGCAUACCAUUAUUGGCUGUUAUGCGUCAAAAAUUUGCCAAAUAUUUACAUAAAGAAAUUGACGAAGAAAAGAAAAAAGUCGUAACUAAUUUGUCACGUUAUGAGCAAUGUUUCUAUGAAAGUGGUUUGGAUCAAUAUCAAUCAACCUAUGAGGAUUACUUACAAAUGUGCAUACAGUUUGGUUAUGUUGUACUGUUUGCUGCAGUAGCGCCUUUCGCUGCGUUUGGUGCUCUCAUCAAUAAUGUUUUUGCAAUGCAUAUAGAUUUAUUUAAACUGUGUAAUAUUUUUAAACGCCCUUUUGCGCGGCGUACCAAAAAUAUUGGAGCUUGGCAGUUAGCAUUUGAAUUGUUAUCGGUAAUGGCUAUACUAAGUAAUUGUGGUUUACUUUACUUGCAAUUGAAUGUUAGGAGUUUUUUUUCCAAUUUUUUUCCAACUAUGCCAAACAUAUCAUUUGUUAUAUUUGAACAUAUGCUUCUGGGCUUAAAAUUCGUUAUACAUAAAGCCAUACAUGAACGUCCACGUUGGGUGAGAAUAGCAUUACUGAAAGCAGAUUAUGAGUCUAGCCAAGCUUAUAAAAACAUUAAGAAAUUUAAGGCAAACAACAAAAUGGACUGAGCCCGACUCUGAAUCUCAAUAUAAUUUUUUUGAUUUCUUUAUAUUGAAGCUUUGGGAGUUACACUACUAUUGGAUUAAACGUACACUCAUCCUUUACUACAAAU